CUUUCAUCGAAGCAAAGUUGACGAAAUUCUUGGAUUCGAAAUGAAGAUUCCGAUUCGACACAGUUUCAUCGGACUACUACUGUUGAUAGAAGCUUGUUUAUUGAUUAAAGGAGAGGAAUGCUGGAUUCCUAUGAUUUGCGACGAUCAACCUACUUGGAGAGAACUUACGGAAGGACAGUGCACAAAAGAAGAAGAGAAAGCUUUGGAAGCUUUAACGGAACGAUUAGACGGGAUGAAAAGUGAGCUCAAUCAAUUAGAAAAGGUGUUGGAAGUAGCAGAGACGAACUCAGUGCAGCCCUCUGUUGUAGGAGUCAAAGAAACGACCAAUCCCCAGGGUAACAAAGUCAAGAACACGACGCGCUCUUCAACCGUCCCUGCUACAUCCCCGUGGUCAACUAAGGAAGCCAUUCUGUCUACUGUGCUCCCACAAACUACAAAAGUUGAAUAG